AUGGAUCGCUCAAAGCGACUCUUCCUGCAGCGACCAGGGACGGAGACCACGCCGCCAUCCGCCUCGGCCACCAAUGCUAAUACAAGUACCAAUACUACUAGUGCCAGCACGAGUGGCAGGAAUAUCAAGGCAAAGGGCAAGAAGAAGCGCCGCGCUGCAGACGAGUCGAGCGACAGUGAGUUUGAAGAGCCAGGCAGCGACAGCGCAGCCGAGUCCGACGAUGACCACGACGACGACGACAACGACGACGACCUCGAAGACGAUCUCAAUGAUGACAAUCGCAAGGCGAGGCAACGCCAUGGGCGGGACAUGGAGACAUUCGCAUACUACGACGAGGAUGAGGACGACGACGAGGACGACAAGGACGAGUACGCGGCGGCUGCGGCGGCACAGGCUGCAGUCAGGCAGCAAAUGCAGCAAGAAGGGCUGAGUCGAUUCACGCUGGCAGGAGCGGCCGCCGCCGGUCACAGCGCAGGCAGUGCUGCUGGCGGCGCAGCAGGCGGCAUUGGCGCGGGAACGAGCGAUUUGGCGGGCUUUCUGCAACAACCAAUUGCUGCAGCUGGCUCUGGCUGGACUGCGACGGGUGGUGCUCCAGCCAGCGCGAGGCCCGGUGUCAGCAAGACAGUGUCUGAAAGCGAGGAAACAACCAGACAGGCGCAGGCGAUCGCACAAGUGGCUGCUCAAGCAGUCUCAGAGUUGACGAAUGGCGGCAGCGAUGACGAUGACGACGACGACGACGAUGAUGAUGAUGAUGAUGAUGAUGAUGAUGACGACGACGACGACGAUGACGAUGAAGGCGACGAAGACGAUGAAGGCGACGAUGAGGACAUCGGUGCACAGAGUUCCAGAGCAACAGCUGUGAUGGAACAAGGGUCGCAGCCGCAGCAACAGCAACAGCAACAGACGUCCUUCGCAGUGGCGAUGGACACCGCACCCCUUUUGCGCUCUCAACCGCUCUCUGGUGCCGAGGCGGCCCGCCUGAAGGCUCUAGAGCAACAACAGCAGCAGCACGCCCGUAUUCGGGAUGCACCCAACCCCCAACUGAUGGCAGCAGCAGCCCUGUAUGCAAAGCGGACGGCGACGGCGUCAGAGUUGCUCCCUCACCAGCUGAUUCAGCGGUUGGAGCAGUCAGAGACUGCUUCGUCGCGCUUCAAAUCACCUGCACCGAUGCAGAUCGAGCCAUCAAGAGCUGCCAACGCCUCCGCUUUGUCAACCACACCAGCUGAAGCCGCGGCAUCUUCCUCAUACUCCACACCGUAUCCAGUGCAAGCUGCAGCAACCUCGGACGCAUCCUCCUCGACCCAGGGCUCCAAUUUCUUCUCUUCUACAGAAUCCUUUGCAGCAACGCCACUCACCCAAGCACGGCGGCUACCGCAUGGCAGCUCGCCGUCGGCUCGCGGUCGAACCAGCGACGCGGAUGCGUCGGCGUCGUCUAGCAGCGCCGCCUCAAAGCGAGGCAGCACGGGCUACUUGUCUGCCGCGGGAGGACUCACAGUCGGCCGAAUUGGACGUGGAGCUCAGGAGGAGCAGCAACAGCUCAUCGCUCGUCUGGCGUUGCAAAGCACGGGCGGUCGACAGCGCAGAAUUCUCGAGCGGCAGCAACGCAGAGACGAGCGAGAGGCGUUCAAGCGCGAGCACAACUGGAAGCGGUACCGGAAGGAGCGUGCCGAGACCGUGCAGCUGACCGAACAGUGGCAGCUGCAUUUCCAACAUGCCAAGCAGCUGUUUGAGGAAGGGCGCUACGACGAAUGCACGGUCAAAUGCGACGAAAUUAAGAGCCAUCAGCCGCGAUGUCCCGAUCCAUACUUGCUGAUUUCGCAGUGCCAGGAGGCCAAAGGCAACGAAUCGGGUGCGGCUGAUUGGCUCUACCUUGCUGUGCAGCUCAUGCCGGGUCGUUUGUGCAUCAGCUGGUACCAGCAGCUCUCCAUCAAAUGGUUCCGCCUGGGCAAGGUUGACCACGCCCGCUGGGCGAUUGAUCGCGCCGUCCGCUUUUCCCAGUUCAAAAACGCUGGCGUGCUGGCAGACCGCGCGCGCAUCUGCGAGGAAAUGAACGAGCUGCCCCAGGCGCAGGCCGACUUGCAGCGCGUCAUCGACCUUGAGCCCCUCGCCAUCAACGUUCGAAACCAACUCGCCGAAAUCCACAUCAAGCAGAAUAAGCUUGCACGGGCUGAAAAGGUGCUGUCGGCCAUUCUGCUGCCCUCGGAGGAGCAGGCCCAAGGCCUUCGCACGGCACGUCUAAAGUUUUGGCACACGGCCAUUACAGACUCAGUCCACUCUCGAGACGAGUCCGGCAUUCUCCGAGCACAGGCCGUCAAGCGUGUACGAGAGUCCCGAUUUGUCGCGUGGGGUAUUGCGCCUGGCGAAGAGCUGUUUCUCGACGUUCUUUCGCCCGACGAGCUCCGCACCGUCCCCGAAGGCACCGCUGAUGAAGAGGCGAUGCGCAAGCACGAGUACAUUACGGAUAUGACUGAAGCCUUGAACAAGUUGUGUGACUUGCUCUUGAAGCAUCACGAGUACUCGAGAAUUUUGGCUGCAACUCGCAAAUGGGAAAGCGAGCACACACGUCACACCGGAAAAGGCCCCGCGCACUCGCCGUCGGUGCUUGCUUCGCUCAUCCUGGCAUACUUGCACGAGGAGCAGCCUGAUCAGGCCAUUGCACACUUUUCGACGCUGUGCAAUGUGCCUGUGGCCGUCGGGUAUUCGCAGAGCCAGGCAGUCGUCCAGGCACUUCGCAUGGCUGUGCCCGCAAUGCAGCGUGAGAUGCACGACCAAGCCAUUGUGAUGCGCAAGUGUCUCACCGUGUGCCACAAGGUGGCAAACCGGCUGGAGGCCGCAAGCAAGUCUGCCAAUCCGCUCGGCACCGACCAAGACGCUGCAUUGUUCCUGACCUGGGUUGGCUUUUGCGCGCUACAACUAAUGCGCCUUGACAAGGACAAGGCAGACCAUUUCUUCAGUCUCGGCACGACUGUGCUGGCCCGAGCGAUUGAGCUGGAUUCGCACCGCGCGUCCGCCGCGUCGUCACCCGUUCCUGGGGCAAGCCCAGUCUCUUCCGCCCGUGUCCAAGCCACAGUUCGCGUGCUGCUCAUUGACAUGCACCGCCUGAAGGGAAACCACGAAGACGCCAAGGCCUAUCUCCAAGAGCUUGCGAGUCUGCCAGUGCAGCGAACUUCGGCCAGCAGGAAGCCUCAUCCUGCGCUGCAGCAACUCGAAGUGACGAGCCACGCGUGGCUUCCCGACCUCGCCGAAGUCUUGUUCAACUCGAGCGAUGAAGAGGCCCAGGAAGAAGCGCUCCACGCAUCGGCCAGCAGCGAGAGCUUGGGACCGUUUGGCCGCAGGCGCCGCAGAUCUUCCAGCAUUUCUGGGCUUGGUGCGAUUUCUGCGAGCUCCCGCCGUCGCCGGACACUGAGCGGGACGAGUCAGGCUGGUGGGGACAUUCCGGCCCGUUCUGGCAGCGGCAGCGGAGAGAAGGACGCCACGGAUGCAGCAGCGGCGGAAAUGGAUGAAUCGGGCGACGCGUCCUCUGCUGCACCACCACGUCGUCGACGCAUUCGGCGGCACGCCUCGACCAGCACGGCCGCGGGUAGCGGCACUGCCAUUCAGGAUCUGUUUCGGGUGCGCGACAUGGAUCGCCAAGACGAGCUGUGGGCAAUGGUGCAGCCGAGCGUGCUCCAAGCUCACCGCGCCGUAUUUGAACUUGCCCGAAGCGAAGUUCAGCACGCACUGGUCUCUGGCGCAAUGCAGUCGUUCAUCGAGCUGGGCUUGAGGGUCGUGGCGGUCUGCUUCUUCCCGCGCCUCGUCCAUUUGCCCGCCACGCACCCACUCGUGCGAGCGCUGGCGACCCUGCCUGCAACACAAGCCCCAGUGCCAUCAUACGCUCGGUUCCACAACGUUGCGAGCGCCUCUGGGAUGCACGAGCACAGCAGUUCAGACUUUGUCCCCGUCCUCUCCCGUUCAUCGAGCGUCUAUUGGAAUGUUGCAGAGUUUCCGCUCGCCAAUCUGGCCCAGUUAAUUGUUUCGCUCCAUCGCGUCUUGCUGGGCCACCGGUCGCUCCCAGACGCCGCAGCCAUGUCCUCCUUUAUUGACGAGAUUAUAUCCACAUCCGCCUGCUUCAACGCUGCCGAGCAAGCGCAGCUUCAGAUGUCCACAGCUUGCGUGGCGUACGUUGUUGGCGAUGCCGAAGCGGCCGUUUCGCGUGCGCUCCGGCUUUGCUUUACUUUAUCGAGCCGAGAUGAGCUCAAGUGGACUGUGCUUCACCGCGCCUUGUACAUGGAGCGGUCGGAAGCCAACAUGGACGGUGCCCGGCGUAUGCUUUGGUCGUUGAGUGCCGGAGCUUCCACACAGCCAUCCGCUCGCGUUCGCUGGCUGACCAUUGCCUUCCUCAUGACGUCUUGUCGGUAUGCUCCAGCAAUAGUCCGGCUGCGCGAACUUCUCCAAAGCUUUGGCGCCACGCCCACGCUGCAACUUGCACUCGCCAUGUGCUACCUCAAUUACUGCUACUCCAAGCGCGUAGGCACUGACUCUCAUGUGAGCGCCGUCCAAGCUCUCUCGUGGCUGCAUCAGUACUUUGAAACGCGCAAAGGGGAUCAGGAGGCGUGCUUCAAUGUUGCGAGGUUUUUCCAUCAAAUUGGGAUCAACCAUUUUGCUCGAAUGUACUACGAGCGCGUGCUUGAGGCACCAGACCAAGACGAGCAGCCCAAUCUCAAGUUCGAAGCAGCAUACAAUCUCCAUCUCAUCUACCUGAGUGCAGGCUCUCUUAUUCAAGCUCGGGCUAUUCUCGUCCAACAUUGCACAAUCUAACCCAGCUCCGCAUUUCUAGUUUUGUUUGUUUUCUCCGAUUGAUUAGCUUUUUUUGAAAUACAAAAAUCGAUUGUUCAUAAC